AUGGCGUCGACCCCCCUAAGCCCCAUCGCCAGCCUCCUGGCGUCCUGGACCGCAUCUCAAGAAGCCAUCAACAUUGAGCUGUCGCUCUCGUCCGAGCCCGUGAAAUGGACAAAAGGCCAAGUCGAAGCGCAGUUCAAAGCCCUCAGCACCAAAGUCCCGCCGAUAUCGUGUCCGCGCCUGCCCGCUCCACGCAUCCCCAACGCCAUCACGCAGAUCAACUACGCGCGCAACAACCCGCCGGCAAUGCAGCACUACCUCACCCAUGAAGCCGCCUGGCUCGCUCGCCGCAUGCUCUUCCAGGCCGGCUACCAGUCGCGCACCCAGUACACGACACAGGAGCUCUACUAUUUCGCCGAAGAAGGCGACGCCAUUGUGCGCGUCAACGGCAGGCCCUUGACCGAUGUGGAAAGGUGGCAGCUGGAACACGCGCCCGAGACACUGGCCCUCGACGACUGCCAGCCCGCAGAUCUGAAAAUGAGAGUGGGAAUUGCAAUGGUGAUUCCCGCUUGGACCGUCUACUGCAUCGUCGUUGGGACUAAGGAUACGCUGGUUACAACGGGUGGCCUGGUGCCGCGUCGACGGUAUGCUGUUCAUUCCACAUUGAACCUGGAUAUUGUUAUUGGCCUGGUAACGUUGGAUCCACUGGAAGAAUAG